AGUGAUUUGGACACAAUGGAUAAAAAAUCUGCUAGUAAAAGAUCUGGAAAACGGAGAAAGUCUCAGUCGUCUAGUGAUAUUCCAAAUGGAGAGAGAAACCAGACUGAGAAUACUGCAAGAGAAGAAUCUGGUUUUGAGGAUGAUGCCCAUUCUGAGGUGUUUUCAGACAAGAUAAUAAACCCUGAACGAAAAGUGAGGUCUCUUCAGCAGACUCCUGAAAGAAAUUCCUCUUCCUCAGGUAGUAAUCAGGACCUAAAAUUUGGAUCUGCUCACAAAGGGGCAUCUAAAGCUGAAGCUGACAAGAGCAAGCAGCAGAUCUCAAACACAAGCUCUACAAGGAGAAGAUCAUAUAAAAAGAAUCAGUCGGAUAGUGUACCCAUCUCCCCUACUGGUUUGAAGAGUCAGGUGAAAGAUUACUCUUCAAAAAGGCAACCUUUAACAUCGCCAGAGACCAACCCAGUGACAAAAAGAACUUCAGUGGAAAAGGGAGCUAUACCUGUGGCUUUUGGGGAAGACAGUUUGGAGUCUCCCAAAGCUUCUUUGGCUGCUAAGACAGAAGACUUGGUGUUUGCUGAAGGCAGAAAUGAUACCAAGGCAGUAAAGAAUGGUAAUGGUCCAGAUGGAAGAGCUUUCUUGCAUACUGAUGGGAUUAAAAAUGGAGACCUGUGUCUGUCAGCUGAGAGACAGACAAAUUCUGAUUUAGACACCUCGAAGCUGAAGAGUUUGGAUGCUUCCAGAACAGUCAUGACAAAGAUUAGCCUUCCAGCCAAACCGAAGAACAUAGAGCUGAAUUUUAAAACACCUACGACUCAAGACAGUUUAGAAAGUGAGCAGGACACUCUUGAAAAACCAGUUAAUAAAACUAACAGCAACAUUGCCAACAAAAUUUCCUUGUUUGAAAACAAAUGUGCUAACCAGAGCCAGAGACCUACUGACAUCCCUGCUUCGAAAAAUAAUGCUGUACCAAGCACAUUCGUUGGCAGAGCAAAGCUGAAAUUUGGAAAACAACCUAAAGAAAAUGAACAGCCUGAUAAAACAUUGAAUAAGCAAAGCAGUCGCCAGAAGUUAUUUGAGAAUGGCACACUGGAGAAAGAAAGCACUGCAGAGUUAAAAGGCAAAAAUGGAGAAAUCUUUACCUCUUAUGAGGAUAUUGGGAAGACAACAGAACUUAAAGUAAAAGCUGCCAUAUCCCUUUUUAACCAAAGCAGCAAAAGUGAUGCUGGUAGUGUCUCUCUGAAGCAACCAGAACCAGAAUUAACCACAGCAAAGAAAGAAAGCUCACCUUUUAAAUUGCCUUUGCACUCACCUGUAAAAACUGAAAAUGCUCAAGAUCCUUUCCACCAAAGAAAUUACACAAGCUCAGAAUUCCAUAGAAAUGAAGAAAAAGUGCUGCCAAACACAGAGGCUUUAUCACCGUGCAAUGAUGAUAAAUAUCCUCUACCAUCUCAGGUUUCCAGAUCAGAAUUUAAGAUGGAAAAUGGAGAUAAAAAGGUAAAGCCAGGAGAUUUGAACUUUGCAGCACUGCAGUAUGAUGACAGCAAUCAAGACAGUGUAUUGGAAUCAGAGCACAACACCAAUACACAAAAGAGCCCAGGGAAAACCUGUAAUGGAUCUGCUGAAGACGACAGCAUUUUUGAUUCCCCAUCUGACAUGAAGGAGUUUGCUGAAACAAUAAAAAACUUAGACAGCUCAGUUUGUUUACCCCAGAAAAAGAAGAGGUCAAAGCUUCCCAAGUCUCCAGCACCCCACUUUGCAAUGCCUCCCAUUCAUGAAGACAACUUAGAGAAAGUAUUUGAUCCUAGUGUAUUUACUUUUGGUUUGGGACUGAGGAGGGAAAAAACACAGGAUCUGUUACCAGCACAACAAAUUAAAAUGCAGAGCCUGGAAACAAUAGCCAGAGUCAGGCCCAAGCGUGCAUCAACAGAGCAAAGUAUCAUAUUCAAAGCUCUGCAGUCAUGUAGAGAGGAACCUGCCUUUACUCAGGAAACAAAUGGAAAAGAGAACAUUGAUUGUACAGAUGGUGAUAUUAAGAGAUCACGGCUUGAAAAAAGCUCCCUCUUCUCAAGCUUACUGUCUUCUAAAGAAAAGUUUUUUAGCUCUUCAGUCACUUCAGUAAAUAACACAACAGCUUUUGCAACUGAUUCUUCAGGGAUGCCUCCUUUACAACAGGAUGUUUCUGGGCCAUUCAUCAUGCCUCAAAAAUCUGAGUCUCUUUCAGAUGUGAAGUUUCCAAGUUUUGUGGAGAAGUACCUGCAAGCAGAUAGUGCAAAAAAAGAACUAAGUUUACAAAUGCCCAACUAUCCUGAGAAAAGCUUUUCGAGCUGGUUAGGAACAAACAGAUACGAAUCGAAUGUCCCUCCUGGUUUAUUAGAUGUGGAUACACUUCCAAGAAAUGGACAAAGUAAAAUCAAUCCCAGACCUGGCAAGCUGAUGAUAUACUGUGACUCAGACUGUCAAAAAGCUGGCAUUGAAGUUUUCCAUGAUGUUCCAGAUUGCAGUUCUUGGGUUCUGUCACCAACCAUUUUAGUUAAAGUCAUCAGAGGAUGCUGGAUACUCUAUGAAAAACCAAAUUUUGAAGGCCCCUCUAUUCCAUUGGAAGAAGGAGAGCUGGAACUCACAGAUAUUUGGGGUGCAGGUGCUUCUGAAGAGCAAAAUGACUGCAAGUCUCAAAAGCCUGCAGUGAUCGGUUCAAUAAGACAUGUUGUUAAGGAUUACAGGGUUUGCCGAAUUGAUUUGUAUACAGAGCCUGAAGGGUUAGGAAUCGUGACUUCCUUUUUUGAUGACACUGAAGAAGCAGGGGUGUUUGGAACCACUCAGAAGACUUGUUCUAUUAAAGUGCAUUGGGGCAUAUGGCUUCUUUAUGAAGAACCUGGUUUCCAGGGGGUCCCUUUAAUGUUGGAGCCUGGUGAAUAUCCUAAUUUAUUAUUUUGGGAGAAGAAGGAAGCCUACAUUAGGUCCAUGAGACCCUUGAAAAUGGGUGGUCGCAAAGUUGAAUUCAGUGGGGAGCCAAAGGUAAUUGUUUAUGAGAAGCCUUUCUUUGAAGGAAGACAUGUGGAAAUAGAAUCAGAGGUCUUUAUGCUUGAUGACAAGGAAUCAGAAGACAAGACAAGACUUCCACUUACAUCUGUGGGAUCCAUGAAAGUACUGGGAGGCGUUUGGGUUGCUUACGAGAAGCCUGGGUUUGAAGGCCAUCAGUACCUGCUGGAAGAAGGAGCGUAUCGGGAUUGGACAGACUGGGGGGGCUAUGAUGAGGAGGUGCAGUCCCUGCGACCAAUUGUUGGUGACUUCACAAGCUCCCAUAUGAUAAUGUACAGUGAAAAAGACUUUGGAUCAAAGGGUUCCAAUAUCAAUGUGUUAGGUAUCAUUUCCAAUUUGAAAGAUACUGGAUAUGGGCUGAGGACACAGUCUAUAAAUGUGCUAAGUGGCGUAUGGGUGGCUUAUGAGAAUCCUGAGUUUACAGGGGAGCAGUAUAUACUGGCUAAAGGGUUGUAUCCCAGCAUUGAGGCAUGGGGGGGAAAGAAUUGCAAAAUAUCUUCAGUUCAACCCAUUGUUAUGGAUAUUGUUGGAAGCGAAAGGGGUAAAGUCAAGGUCCAGUUAUUUUCAGAGCCUGAAUUCAAGGGUAACUGCCAAAUAUUUGAAAAAAACACAGGAUGUAUUGAUUCAUUUGCUGUGAAGUCUUCAAAAAUUUUAGAUGGCAGCUGCAUAGUGUAUGACCAGGAGGAAUUCGCCGGUAACCAGUAUGUGUUGGAAGAAGGGAUCUAUCCUGAUCUGACAGCAAUGGGUUGUUCACCCCAAGCAGUUCUAAAAUCUUUACAGAUCAUAAAUAUUGAGCUGUCUGAGCCCUGCAUAACUCUUUUUGAAAAGACGGGUUUCCAAGGAAAGAAAAUUGAGUUCAGUACAGAAAUCUUAAAUCUUCAGUUCCUGGGAUACAAUCCUCGAAUAGCUUCAGUUCAAGUCCUUGGUGGCAUAUGGAUAAUUUAUGAACACAGUAAUUACAGGGGACGUCAGAUGUUGUUAACACCAAAUGAAAUUCCAGACUGGUAUAAAGCCAGUGGCUUUUGUCAGAUAGGUUCUCUGAGACCUUUACUGCAGAAACGUGUGUACUUCAGGCUUCGAAACAAGGAAACAGGAAAAUUCAUGUCAGCUGAUGGCAACCUAGAUAAUCUGAAUCUUCUCAGAAUACAGGUUGCAGAAGAUACAGACUCAGAUGAUCAAAUCUGGGUUUAUCAGGAUGGAUUCAUAAGGUGUCGGAUGGCAGAGGAUUGCUGCUUGACAAUUGUUGGAAAUCUUAUAACUCCUGGCUCUAAACUCGGUCUGUCAUUUGAGCGGAAUGAAGACAAACAAUAUUGGCAUAUUAGUCCCGAUGGCAGAAUUUAUAGCAAGAUGAAACCCAAGCUGGUUUUAGAUAUCAAAGGAGGCACACAGUAUGACUGCGACCAUGUUGUUGUCAACACAGUCAGUGAAGAAAAGUUAACACAAUGUUGGGAACCACUGGUUGUGUAA